AGUGUGUGAUUGCUGUAAACUUAAUGUUGCCGGUCAGCAGAAGGUCGGACAACAACAGCAGCAGCAGCAGUGUGUUUGGAGCUGGUUACUGGUUAACUGGUUAAUUGGGUCCCGAGUUAGUUUACUGGGAGUUGAACCGGAAGCUGCUCGGCCGGCCGGUCAGUUUGGGCUUUACAGGCCGGAAACAGUUUGGAGCUAACAGGCUAACGUUAGCAUGCAGGGAGCUAACUUGCUGAAAAGGAAGGGGGCGGAGCCUUGGAUCUGCCAGCAGAAGCGGAUGUGUUUGGAGGCGGAGCUCCAGAUAGCAGAGUAUCCAAUGGAAAUGUCCCAUGGUGUGCCUGUGACCAAUCAGCAGCAGGAGCAGCAGGUCGGAUUGACCCGGACUGGACCUCAGCGCCGCUGCCCCCGCUGUCUGGGAGGUGAACCGGGUCACAUCAGCCACAUGCUGGGUCAGUGAGAGGAAGAGGAAGAGGAGGAGGAGCUCAGAAACCGUCCAAUGACAUGUCUGUCCAUCCAGUGGAAGAACCAAUCAGGUGCCUUUCUGUCGGUUUCCCAGGAAGUUUUAUCUGGAAACUCGACAUUCCCUCAAAGACUCAGUGAGCGAUCACCCAGCGUCGCCAUGGAGACGGGUCAGUCAGCACCUUGUGACGGUGUGUUCAGGGACACUCUGCUCCUAUGUGUCUCUGAACACACCUGAUUCCUGACUGGCUGACUCAGACUUGGCGAGGCGUUCGCUGCCAUCAGGCCUUUUCCCGACUGCAGACGCUUUCUUCUUCUGUGGUGUGGAACUGCUCCCGGCGUUAAAGACUUUAAUCCAUGUCUUCCUGGUCAUGUUUACUAGUAUCAUGAGAGGCUUCUAUAUUUUUAAUUCAGAUCUGACUGAAUGUAAGAUAGUGUCCAGCUGACAUCAUUUCCUGCUCCAGGCUGACCAAUCAGAGAGCAGCUUUUGUACUGUAGACGGAUUUUAAAAUAAAACGUCUGUGAACGGCUCAGGUGUCUGAUUGUCCCUCGGUCAGGUGACUACAGGUGAGCAUCACAUCACCUAGAGGGUCUGCAUGCCAUCCAGUGAUGUCAUCAGUGCCUCACUCUGAGGCUCCACCCACUCAGGUCAUUGACAUGGUGCCUUUUCACAGAAAGCCAGAAAACUGCCAGCGGCCAUCUUGCUAAUGGGCCGAGAUAGGAGGAAGACAAACUAGCGAGGAGGAGACGAAGAGGAGAGAAAGAGGAGAGGAAGAGGAGAGGAAGAGUCAUGUCCAAGUUUGAGACGCUGCUCCAGAGUGUGAAGAAGACGAGGGACUGACUCCUUCUCCUCCUGCUGGGAUUCUGCCUCCAGGAGGAGGAGCGCUGACUCCUGGUUCUCCUGGAGGAACCCAUGACUCCUGCUGUAGGAGGAACCGGACCGACUCCUGCGGGGAAACCGGGCUCUGCUCCUGCUGCAGGAGGCGCAGCAUGGCUGAGCCGCUGCUGAGGAGAACCUUCUCCAGGCUGAGGGGCAAAGACAGGAGGCGCAGGAAGACGGAGCCCAAACUGAGCGAGCCUCCAGUCAGCUCUGCCGCCAUUCAGACGUCUCCAUCAUCACCAUCACUGAACAUCAUAUCCAGCACUGUAACCACCACCCACUCUGGCCCCAGCUCUCCUCCUCGAAAUCACAUUACGGUUGCUAAGAAACAGCAAUGGGUGCGGCAGGAAGCUUCUUGUCCGAACUCCACCCACAUGACCUCUGAUCAGUGGUCGUCAUGGAUAUCCCACCAUGAAUCUGGGCUGACCUGGAUCGACAAGGCGCAUGCUGAAGCCGUGCCGCUUAGGGAUGCAGUCACCAGUAUCCAGCAGGAAGAUUCCCAAGCUUCAGGGGGAGCCACUGAGAUUCCCACCCCAGGAGUCAGCGGCAAGCUUUUCGGCCAGCGGGCGUACCUGCAGAGCCUGGAGCGGAGCAGCCGAGCAUGGGUUCUGUCUUCAGGAAAGUCCCAGGCUCCGGAUGAUGAGUUUGGGCCUCUGGAGGAGAACAGCAGCAGCAACAUAUGGUACAACCCCAUCCCAGAGGAGGAGGAUGGAGGAGGCCCACCGACAGAAGAGGAGGUAUGGAAGAGGAGGGACGAAGAGCAGGAGGUUGCAGAUCUCAGAGGAUAUGGUUGCAGCUGUGAGUGUCCACAGGAGGGCGCCAAUCCAAGCGUCAGUCACCAGGUUCAUGACAUUAGAGAAGAAAUCUCAGACUGCCCUGCCUCAGACUCAAGCCCCACCUCCCUAAACAAAGGGGGCGGAGCUGGGAGUGUGAUGGACAGGCUGAGGUCUCCUGGUACUGUUCGGAAACUCUCUUUAAAAAUGAAGAAACUUCCUGAACUCCGGCGAAAACUCAGUCUACGUUCAUCUUCCCGUACUAACCGCCAGACCGGUGGAGGAGGUGGGGACGAGCCGACCAAUAACAACGCAGCAUCAUCUCCGGUGCUGGCCAAUCAGAAUGUCAUCAGCAGGUACCAUCUGGACAGCUCUGCCCCCCCAGCGCGUCCUCACCGUCGAUCAUCGAGACAACGCUCCACCAGCAAAGGAGGAUACCUCAGUGACGGAGAUUCCCCUGAGCUGUUGCCCCGGCAACAGGCUGCUGACCUCACAGCAUCCCAGGAAGCUUGGUGUGACGUCAGUUCGUUUCAGCUGUACGUGGGCUCAGAUCCGCCGCGAUGCAGCCAGCGGGUGACGGGGUUACUGACAGUGCACCUGCUGGGCCUGGAGGAGAUGAAGAGCAGCAGAUCAGAGGACAGCAAAGAAAUCUUCUUGGCCAUCCAAGUCGAUGGGGUGACAAGAGCCAGGACCGCCCUCUUGACCCUCAGAGGCCACACCCGGCCCCUGAACCACACCUUUCACCUUGACUUGGAGAGGGCCCGGCAGCUCCGCAUCGUGGUGCUAACACCAGCAGCUCCGUCAGUGGUGGGCGGCGCCAAACCAGACCAGAGUAAUUCUGCUGGAGGUCCAAACAGGAACCGGGUGUGCUGUCUGGGUGGCGUCUCCAUCCCGCCGCUCUUUAAAGGAAGUCGCAGUCAGCAGCUCUGCCUGAAGCUGGAGCCCAGAGGACUGCUGUACGUCAAACUGACUCUGCAGGAAAAAUGGGACACCCAGCACGGCAGGGAUCCCUCAGCACCUGCUAAUGUGUUUGGGGUUGAACUGCACCACCUGGUGGAGAAAGAAGGAAACGCAGCUCCAGUUCCCCUGCUGAUCCAGAAGACGGUGGCAGAAAUAGAGAGACGAGGCCUGAAGGUGGUGGGUCUGUACCGGUUGUGUGGUUCUGCUGCCGUCAAGAAGGAGCUGAGAGACAGGUUUGAGAAGAACAGUUCAGCCGUGUGUCUGUCCGAGGACCGGUACCCCGACGUCAACGUCAUCACAGGUGUUCUGAAGGACUACCUCCGUGAGCUGCCGUCGCCGCUCAUCACCAGGACUCUGUACCAGGUGGUCCGGGAGGCCAUGACCCUGCGACCACCACUGGAGACCCCUGACCCAGAAGCGGCCCAGUGCACCGUUCGACUCCUGUCCUGUCUGCCGGAACCAGAGAAGGCCACGCUGUCUGUGCUGCUGGAUCACCUCAGCCUGGUCGCGUCCUUCAGCUCCUUCAACCGGAUGACGCACCAGAAUCUGGCGGUCUGCUUUGGCCCGGUUCUCCUCACCCCAACCCAGGAGGCCCGCCGGGCGGCUGGCUGGGGGGGCCGGGGCAAGGCCCUCUGUCCGGGGGAGGAGAUGGCCAAUGCAGUGGACUUCAAGCGGCACAUCGAGGCCUUGCACUACCUGUUGCAGCUCUGGCCAGUGCCAAUCAACCGAGUGCCAGAAGACGACCCCUCCCCUCCACGCUCCCCCUCCAUCGCCCGGCACCUCCAGGUCGAACCAUGCCCGCAGCACCGCCCACUGUGGCUUCCCGGCGCCGAUGGCGUGGUGUCCCGUCGGGGGCGUGGCGGACCAGCUCGAUUGGAGAGCCCGCCCCCCGUCAACCGGUACGCCGGGGAUUGGACCGUCUGCGGGCCGGACCUGCCGGCAGAGGAUGAAGCCGACUACGACGAGGUGGCGGGAAGUGAGAGCGAAGGAGGCAGCAGAGAGGAAGAGGAGGAGGAAGAGCAGAAGGAGGCUUGGCCGCCCGGAGCCACAGGAGGAGGCCACUUCAUAGACGACUUCAUGGACUUUGAUGCUCCGUUCAACUGUCGCCUCAGCCUGAAGGACUUCGACACCCUGAUCCACGACCUGGACCGUGAGCUGGCCAAGCAGAUCAACAUCUGCCUGUAGGAGGGAAGUGUGGGGGGUGGGGGGUUCAUCACCUCGUCUGGACCAAAACCCAGAUCUGGGGUUGGUGAGUCCAGAACCAAUCGGAUCGUUUCUAGAAGAUUACUUUUCUGAAAGUGAAGGAAUUUUCUGUAGUUAAGUUUCUCUUUGCACGUCUGAAGUCAAAAUGCUCCACUGCCUAGGGAGGCGAACUGCAGCCGAUGUUAGGGUCUCGAGAUGCUGAAGGGUUUUGCCGUCUUGAGGACAGUGGGGUGGGGCCCGGUUUUGUCUGGAGGGUUUAAGGGUUCAGCGUUUAUCGGUACAGGUUUUUGUCACUGUGAGAGCGUUCUCGGUCCUACUUGAUGUUCCUGGCAGUAUUAUUAUUUUGUUUUGCACGCGCCCAGUAAGCACUUGUGAUUUUUUUAUCACUAUGUUUGUAAACAAAUGAUGUAACCAAAGAUUUAAAGCACAGCUGCCUGUUUGUUCAUUCCAAAAACAAAUAAUAAACACUAUUGAUAUUAUUUGAA